AUGAAAUGGUUAUUCAUAGCUGAUUUCCGAGGAGCUGGCGCUCGACGAAUAUUUCCGUGCUGGGAUGAGCCAGAUACCAGGACCAGUUUUACUAUUUCCAUAAAGCAUGAUCAAUAUUAUAGGGCUUUAUCGAAUACAGAAGUUACUGACAUGUUAAAAGUUAGGCAUGGAAAGAGUUGGACACAUUUCAAAUCAACCGUUCAAAUAUCUCCUUACCAUGUAAUGAUUGUAUUGCACGAUCUUAAACAUGUUGAUGACUCAAACGUGUGGUGUAGAGAACAAGUAAAACAAUACAUGGAAUUUCUACAGUCAAUUACUAAAAUUGCCAUACUUUAUUUAAAACUCAAAUUUAACGACAUAAUACAUCCACUAACAGUGACCCAUGUUGUAAUUCCGGGUUUCCUAGACUCAGGCAUGCCAAGUUGGGGAAUUAUCCUUUAUAGAGAGACAGAUAUUAUCUACGACGAAAAAUUACAUUUUAUUGCUUGGAAAUUUGAAGUGGCAUUCAUGAUAGCACGUAAAAUCGCACAUCAAUACAUUGGCAAUCUCAUAGCCCAAUCUUCAUGGUCUCAUCUUUGGUUAAACGAGGGUAUUGCUGCAUUUUUGGCAAUGAAGAUAGUCAAUCAGCAAGUAUAUCCCCAAUUGAUGGAUUUAUUUGUUGUAAAAUUUCAACAUGAAUCUCUCCGUUUGAAUGAUUAUUAUAAUAUGUCUCUCACACACGAAAUUGAUACCCCAUCUGACAUUGAUUCAAUUUUUUCUUUCACUUAUUUUGUUAAAGCACCUAUCUUUGUACGCUCAUUGGAUGAAACGCUACCUGAAGAAAUACUUGAUAUAAGUAUCGGUGAUUAUAUAUCAAAGUACAAGUUUAAAUCCGUCGAUACUCGGAUUAACCCUCUCGAAAAGUUUUUUGAUGUUAUACAAUAUAAUCUAAUGAUCGAAGAACCUAAUACAGAAUAUAUAGACGUAACAAAGAUAUUCACUCAGUGGACAAAACAAAGGCGCUUUCCCGUGUUGAAGGUGCAGCGAGUACCUCUCCUAAACGAAGUUAAUGUACAUGUAGUUGAACCAAGCCAUGAAAAUUUGUCGAUAUAUGUAACUUAUAUUACACAGGAGAAUCCCGAUAUUACAUAUGAAGUGUGGCUACAACAGCCAUUACUAUAUUUAUAUGAUAUUAACAGUAGCGACUGGAUCAUUAUCAAUGUACAACAAGCUGGAUAUUAUCGUGUUAAUUACGAUUACGAUAUUUGGCAAAAACUUGGAAACUAUCUAAAUUCAGCGGAAUACUUUAAUAUACCUGUCCUCAACCGUGCUCAAAUCAUAGAUGAUGCAUAUUAUUUUUUGUCAACAAACAAACUCGAUUUCAAUCUUUUCAAAACACUCACGUAUUAUUUAUCAAAAGAGAUAGAUUAUAUAGCGUGGUAUCCUAUGUUCAAAAUUUUAGAACAAAUAUCAGGCUUUUUCCCAUUUCAACAAAGUUUCGAAGUUAGGGAACACUUUCGGAAUAUCUUAGAUAAUGUUUUGAAGAACAUUGGAUACUUAGACAUUGUAGAGGAGGAUGAAUUUACUAAAAGUUUAAGAUUAGAAGCCGCAAGAUGGGCAUGCACUCUGAAUUCUCAGGACUGUACUACUGCUGCCAUUUCUAAUUUAAUACGGUUUUACAAAAACCCAGACUCUAGAAUUUGGCCGGGAUGGAAGGAAUGGAUGUAUCGUAACGGAAUGAUGUUAGCGAACAAUAUUACUUGGAACGAAGUGUUAACUGCAGGUGCAUUAGACAACAAACGUUUAGAAUAUCUAGCAUGCUCCGAAUAUAAUAAUAUCAUUAUCGGCUAUAUCGAUCGAUUGAUAUCAGGAUAUUUUACUGAAAUACAUUGCAUUACAAUUUUUCAUUCUAUUGUUGCAAGACAUGCGAAGAAUGAUUUAAUACUCAAUUACAUAUUAAACAAUUUUGAAAAAGUAGUACCCAGGUAA